AUGACUUCAGCCUCAGUGAAUUCAAUCCUCCCAUCUCAACCAUUACACUAUCUACCCACCUAUCAAGUAUUAAUCUGCCUCCAUUGCCGCCAUGCCAUUCAGCCUGGCGCAGUCGUCCGCCAUCUGAAAGAAGUCCAUUCUAUCAAUUGUUAUGCUCGUCAAUCCUUCGUCGACUAUGCCUCAAAAUUUGAUCUGACCCCGCCCAACGACGUCGUCUUGCCUGAUGAAACCCAGUUUCCACAUGCUCUUUUGCGGGCUGCACUCAUUGAUGUGUUACAACCAAGCGUAUCAAACAGCAUUGGAGAUCUUGCCUCGAAAGAUGGCGAUUUCUUGAAAUCAGUUCCAUUGCAGACUUUCUUCCGUGGGAAUACUCUUCGGUACUUUACUAACCCAGCGUUGUUGGUCUCACCGUCAUUGCCCGACAGUGCUGACAGACUGACAAUUGACAGAUCUUCUACUACGACUGUUGAUACACCUAUAAGAGUAACAUGGGACCAAAACAUCCCUCUGACCCCAAACGAUGAAAUCCUACUGAAUCAUUAUCAAGACCACACCUAUAGAACCCUCUCAUGUGAUCCCGAUACAGACAAUGCAUUUCAAGUAAUCGUCAUACAACUUUCCUCUCAAUACCCCUUCUUACUCCACAGCCUCCUAGCCUGUUCAGCUCUCCAUCUCGCAUCCAACGACCCCAGCAAUCGGCAUUCCUAUACAAGCCAAUCAGCCCAACACCAAAACCAAGCAAUUCCCGCCUUCCGAUGGGAAACCAUGCACGUUGAUAACAAAAACUGCCAAGCAGUACUAGCAUUUGCAUUCUUCCUCGUCGUCUGCUCAUUAGGCUUAGAACCCAAAGACGAAGUGUUAUCCCUCAACAACGGAAACACCCAAAACAAAGAACAACUUUCCGCACAAUGGAUCCACAUCCUCCGCAACGGCUGCUCAAUGCUUUGUCCCGUCUGGGACGAUCUCACCAGUGGUCCAUUAGCACCCUUUACAGCUCUAUGGCGAGAUGAUCUCUCGGUGUCGUUGUUGGUCCGAAUGAUCCACUACUGGUUACUUUACUGUCCACCUUCCUAG